AUGUUGUCCAUCCGUUCUACUCUGAAGGUGUACAUCGGUUGCACCACAGCCGAUCUUGUCUUCAGAACUUCCUUACGGCUGCCCGGUGAGUUCAACUCUCCUCCAAAUAAGCUAACGUCUUUUUAUCCUUGCGGUUAUAAGGACAGCCUACGCAGUGCCAUGUGCAAUCUUCGCGCAAUGCCUUCUCAGGCGUCAUUGGCUACUUCCUUCCCCAUUCCCUUCCUGGACACGUGCAAGUUCGAGCUUGUCCAGCAUGACGCUGUUCGCCCGCCAAUCCAACCUCCCUAUAAGGGGCCUAACAAAGCCGUUUGA